AGAAACUUAGCUAUUAGCGUGGCAGGGUCAUGAAGAGGAGGCGGUGGCGGGAGAGUGGAGGCGGCGGAGGGGGCACGAAACUGCGGUAGCCAGCGCUGGGCUGUGGUUGUGGCCGUGUCGGGGGACGAGUGUCCCAGCCCUCGGGCAGCGGCCGGGGCUCUGGGCUGAGCGCGGCCGUGCAGCCGCCGCUCCCGGGCCCCUGGCUCCGCCAUGUUCCGCAGGGCACGCCUUAGCGUGAAGCCGAACGUCAGGCCUGGUGUAGGCACCAGGGGCUUCGCCGCGCCCAAUCCCCAGCGUGGACCGGAGGCUCCCAGGCCUCCGGAGCCUGCCACCGAGCCCGCUCCGAAGCCCGCGGAUCCCACGGAUGUGCCUGCGGUGGGUUCCGGGGGAGCGGAGCCCCAGAAAAAGGCUCCCGGGAGAAGUGAUGAAAAGACUGGUGAUGAAGAUACUGUUGAAGAGUCCAGCAAAUCGCCCUCUACUGUUUCACAGAGAAGAAAGCGAGUAUCAAGUACUCCGAGUCUGGCUAAGCCAACUGUCAGUGCUUCUUCACAGAGUCACCCCUUAUCUACAGUUAAUCACGAUGCUCCACAGCCAAGUCCUACUCCAGCGAAAGAGAAACAGCCAUGUUCAGACAGAUACCGCAUAUAUAAAGCCCGGAAACUGAGACAAAUGUUGAAGGAAGAAUUGAGAAAAGAAAAGAAACAAUGGAAAAACAAAUUCGUCACAAAUGAAAGCCAGAGGCCACCAGAUCGUUCAAAAAUGACUAUGAGAGACUUCAUAUAUUACCUGCCAGAUAACAAUCCAAUGACUUCUUCGGUGGAACAAGAAAAGAAAACUGAGAAAUCCUUGGCGCCUACCCCAGCAAGAGAUAGGCAAGAAAAUCAGAGUACUCAUGAUGCUGAUGAUAAUGAAGAAGUGGAAGAGGAGGCGGAUGAUGGGCCCCUGCUGGUUCCUCGAGUAAAAGUGGCAGAAGAUGGUUCUAUUAUUUUAGAUGAAGAAAGUUUAACUGUAGAAGUUUUGAGAACAAAAGGUCCCUGUGUUGUUGAGGAAAAUGAUCCUAUAUUUGAGCGUGGCUCGACAACUACUUACUCCAGCUUUAGGAAGAAUUACUACUCGAAACCAUGGUCAAACAAAGAAACAGAUAUGUUUUUUUUAGCCAUCAGCAUGGUAGGAACUGACUUUUCUAUGAUUGGACAACUUUUUCCUCAUAGAGCAAGGAUAGAAAUUAAGAAUAAAUUUAAACGUGAAGAAAAAGCAAAUGGAUGGAGAAUAGACAAAGCAUUCCAGGAAAAACGCCCUUUUGACUUCGAUUUUUUUGCUCAUUUGCUUCAGAAAGUUCUUGCUGAAGAAGAAAAAAGAAAACAAAAAUCUACUAAAUGUCAGAGUUUAAAGGAAAAGGCCUCCAAACCACGGAAAAACAUAAAAGCAAAAAAAGUAACUAGUGAAGAAGUGACUGAUGAUCCAGAUGAGUCUGUAAGCACUAACAUUUCAGACCCAGAAAGAUCUCAAAAGGAUGCCCAAACAGCCGACGAAGAGCAAUCACCAAGUUCAUCAGGACAGCAUUUAGGACAAGUUAUGUUAGAGCAAAAACAAAGUCAAGAGAAGAGGAGGAACCAAGACGAAGCUAAUAAGCAGGAAACAACAAAUCUUUUAGGAAGUGUUCUUGUUCAUUCAAGCCCUCCUGAAUCAGAAAUACACAAGAAUACAUGUCCUUCUGAGGAAAAUGAAAGUGAAUACAACAUGGAAUCGAUACCCUCUUUUUCACCGAAUACAGAUGACAGUACAGGGUUAACAUCCAGUGAAAAGGCAGAGACGAGAACAGAGCCCAUCUCUUCCCCAUGCAAACAACAAGACAUCAUGUCACUAGCAAGUGAGUACUCAGAGUCGAGUGUUGCAGAUUUGCCUGUGUCGGGAGCUGGAAAGGCUGCCUCUUGUGAAGGAGAAAGUGCUGAAAGCACCUGUACAGAAGGGAGACGUCCAGACCUGAAGAACAAGUCACCAGAGACUGAACAGGCAGAAAAUGUUAAACCAAAAUCAAGAAGUCGGCUCCAGAGACCUAAACCUAACCUGUCCAGAGCAGUUGGGAAGAAAUCAGUUGUUUCACAAGAUAAACAAGAUGAAAGAAGCAAGAAUUCACCUUCAGAAACUUCAACUGAAAAGAAUCACAUGGAAAAGGAGAGAGUGAAUAUAUCUGAAAAUUUUGGAGCAGAGAUUACAGAAAGAGAAAACCCUAGUGCUGAAGCUGUGUCUGACUUGAGUGAAAAAUCUUGUGUACAGGAAGAUAGUCAACCAAAGAUCUUAAGACCUGCACGACUAAUGAGGAGCCGAAUGCAAAGACCAAGGCCAAAUGUAGAGAGAUCUGCAGAAAGAAAAGAAAUUCUCACUCUGCAGGAAAAAAUUGAGGCCCAUGUAGAGAAGAGUAAAGAUGAGUCCUGUGUUGACAGAGAAAAAAAUGAAUCUUGUGUUGCGAUUGCUCAACAAAUGGGAAAAGAGUCACAUAAUAACCUCCAGUGUGAAGAUACAGUGUCACAGCCUGAACAAAAGAAUACUUUGGAAGAUGUGCAGUCUGAUGAGCCCAGAGCUGUUAAUGAGUGUCCAAGUAUUCAAGAGGGUAAUAAAGUAAAUAAAGCGAAAAAAACCCCAGUUUUAAGGAUUAGAUUUCAGAAACCAAAACCAAAUACAGGAAGAAGAAGAGGGUCUUCCAGGGAAGGGAUUGCAGAGGAGAUUCCGGUUUCUGGAGAAGUAAUACCAACUUUGGAAGAAAUUGCAAGACUAGACACAUCACCAAGGGAGAAGGCACCAAAUGUAGCUAUUGCUACUCUUAUUGCUACUCCUUCCACUAAGGAAUUGGAAUCAGAUUUAAAAGACACUGGAAGAAAUGACUCAUCUUCUAAUAUGAAGAUGUCAGAAAUGACGGAUGUCACUAUGGAAAUGGAGAUAGGUUUGGAAACAAUUGGAAGAGAUACUUCCCCCGAGGAAAUGGGAGCAGAAAUGAUUGACACCCCUAUGGAAACAGAGACAGGUGUGAAAGCAUCUUUAAAUGAGAUUUCUCCUAUGGAGAAGAAGGUGCCAGAGCUAAUUGAUACCACUCGGGAAAUUUGCGUAAAUUUGAGAGAAACUGGAAGAAAAGAAAUAUUUUUACAGGAAAAUGACCCCAAGGAGGUCAGUCCAAUUAGUGAAACGGAGACAGGUUUGGAAGAAACUGCUAAAGAGUUGCCCACAAAAGAGAAGAUAUCAGAUAUUACUAAUGGCAGUGAAGAAAGGGAGGAAUAUUCAGAAGAAACUGAAAGACAAACAUCCCCACUGAUAAAGGAUGCAGAGGAGGCCAAAGCCAUGGAUGAAAUGGAGACACACUUGAAAGAGGUGGGAGCAGAGACUUCCCAAAGAGAAAAGACAGGGGUUGCUGCAGCAGAGCAGUGGGAGAGUGAGGUGCACACAUGCGACCGUGUGAGCAGAGGGGAGGUAGAAGUGGGGGAGAGCCCUGUAGAAGAAAAGAACCUGACCCUGCAGGACACUGGAGAACUAGACAUUUCCUUGAUUGUCGCGGCUUCAAGGGAAACGGCUGCCAUUGAGGAAGCUAACAAAGAUUUGAAAGAAACAGAAAAAGAGAUUUCUGUCUCUUGGGAGAGAGGAGCUAGAGAAAUCUGUAUUGGUGAAGAAAUGGUGGCAGACAUGGAAAAAACAGAAAAUAUAGAGGUUUCUCCAAGAGAACAUGAAGGAGAGAAACAUACCUCAAGGCAGCCUAAGACAGAUGUAAUUCAGAGCAGGAACGACGGCAGCAGCACCGGGCCUUCACUGGAUGGAAAAAAUAUUAGCAGUAAACUGUCAGUGAUGCCUCCAUUUGUGGAAGAACGAGAAAAUGCUGAGAAGGAAGUAUCAAGUCACUUAUGUCAUGUGGAGUCUUCCUCACAGAAUUCCACUCUCCAGGAAGCAGACCAAGGGAUACAACUUUCAGAUGUUCAAGAGCAGUUUCCAGAUACUAACUUAAGCAAACCUCUUCCUCAAGAACAGAAGCCACUUGAAGUUAAACCAGCUACUUUUCUAAGAAGUCGAUUCAAAAAACCAAAACCAAACUUGUUAAGAGCAGCUUUAAAGAGAGCAACCACAGAAGCAGAACACUGUGUACUUGGGAAGAAAUCAGAAGCAGAUAGAAUGGAGACCUCAUUGGAACAGCAGGACAGCGAACAAGCUGAUUCUCUCUCUUCUCAGCAUAAUGUGCCUUCCCUAGUGGCACCAAGAGAAGAAGAUAAGCUGGGUCAUGAGGCGGAGGAGGCUGUGACACCACUGUGGGUACAGACUGAGAAGGAUCCUUUGCCAACCAAUUCAUGCGAACCUAAAGAGGAUUCUCAGUUAGCACAAAACCAGGAGGAUGUUCUUAUUGGGACUCAGAAGAUGAAUGUGCUCACACAGGAAACAAAACAAAGUGUUGCCCAAACAACUCUACCAAUGAGGGGUCGACUUCAGAGACCAAGACCAAAUGUGCAGAAGGCCAGACAGAGGCAAAUAGUAGAAAAAGAUGAAGCUGGAGGUGUAACUAAAAAUGAAGGAACAGAACUGCAAAAAGAUGAGUCUAAAACAUCCCUGAUGAUGGCAAAUUCUAACAUUGAAAGUGAAGUUGAAAUGUCCUCCAGAAUUUCAGAGUCCAGAGUGAAUAAAAGUCAAGGCCAUGUGGUUCCUGUAGAAAACUCAAGUUUUAAUAAAACCAGUGUUUCAGAUGAGCAGAUAAGGCAUGAAAAUCUUCCUAAUCCAGCACCACUGAUAAGAAGGCGAUUCCAAAAGGCUAAACCAAAUUUAGAAGGAACACACCGUAAAAAAGAGCAACUAGGUGUAGAAAAAGGAAGGACAGAUCAGAGCACAGCAACAAAACCAGAAGAUACUAUGCCUCAGGAAGGAGAGUUUGGCAUCCAGCUUUCUCUCAAAGAAAAGACAGAGAUUCUGAUGCCUCUGGAGGCUUCAGUGAGAGAAGAUUGUGUAGAUCCUGAAGAGUUGGGUUCUGCCAGAAAGGAUGCUCAGCAGAAAGCUGGGCCUUCGGGAGGUGCUGGGGAUGAGAGUGUGGAGGACCAUCCUGUAUCAUCUUUGGGCCUUGAAGAACAGGGUCCCAGGAAACAAACUAGCAGUCCACAACUAUUGAAAGAAUCAAAUUAUUCCAAAACUUCUCCACACCGAAGAACAACUGUCUCUUCUGCCUCUGAGUGUGAGACAGAUCAUAUUGGGAAAAGAACACAUAGGAAGAUGAAACCAAAUGUGACCAGAGGGCGUGGAUCAAAACGAAUUCGAGGUAAGACUGCUAAGAAGGAACCUAGAACUUCCAAGUCCAUGUUGGUGACUCUUCGGGCUUCUCAGAAAGAGGAUGAAGAUGAUGCUGAGGACUUUGAUUCUGACUAUGAGGAAGAAACCUGUCAUCUUGCCCCAGAAGAAUUAAACAAAGCACCAGUGUUUGUACCUGUUGGUCUCAGAUCCCCUGAACCAGUUUCUGCUCAGAUCGAGGAAACAAUGGAAGAGCUUGAGAUAACCAUGGAUGUUGCAGACAUAGGAUGUGUAACUGUUGAGCAUCAGCUUUCAAACAUGGAUGCAACAACUCAGGAUGUGCACCCAGAAAAAGACUUGCAUCCGUCAUCAUUUGAAAUGGUCAUAGGUGAACAGACCCAAGAAGAACCAGGUCCCAGUGAUGGAAGUACUGAAGCCGCCAUAACUUUACUUACAAUGGGAGAUAUAGUAUUACAGUCAGAGGUUGUUACUGAGCAGGGUGACGUAGGAGUAUGUGUAUUUCCUGAUGUUCAUUCAAAGGAUAAAAGUCAUGUUCCUUUUAGCCCAGAUAAUGUAAAUCACAAAAUUGUUCAUGAAUAUCAGGAGGUUUCUUCACCUGUUACUAGUAUGUCGCCUACAUCAUUUGAGGAAAACAAGAAAUUAUCGGAGGAACAAAGUAACAGAGAAGAAACUGCUGUGAUGGAAGAAGUGGAGGGUACUCUGUCAGCCAGGAGUUCAACUUCUACAGUGAGCACAUAUUUGAGAAUGGAGAGUAAGUUUGUCACACCUGUUACACCUAAACCAAAUUCUGAGGCGAUUUUAGACAUCAGUGAGCUUGAUGGUCAUCAGGAAGAAAUUGCCAGUUUUUGCAUAGCCAAAGGGGCAAAAGUGGAAAUUCAAAGAGAAACUGAAGCAAAUGAUUCCAAAGUGGUGGAAUUAGAUGAAAGCUUGGAGCCAGUUUCAGCAGCAGAGGCUAAGGAGCAGAACCAGUCACUGUGUGUGCAUGAUGUUGAAGGGAACAGUGGUUCUCAAGAAGCAAUCCUUAGUGAGAGAAAUGGAGGUCACGAGGAAAACUUGCAAGAGGUUCAGCUAUCGGAUGCUGCUGUUGCUUCCUCUGAGACAGGCUUCCCCACACUUGAUUCAGGCAAGAGUCUUGGUGAGAGUCCUGCUGAAGAACCCCUCAAAGAAGACUCCAAAGGCAGCAGCAUGUUCAUGCUGCCUGUGCCAGAGAGUGUACCAUCUCAUAUUCCAGAAGUCCAACAAGAAAAUAUGACCAAUCCUCCAAACGUAGCAGUGAAUCUAUUUGCUGAUCCACAGCAAGAUGGAGAAGAUGAACAAGAGUUCAUUUUAACUUUGGUGGAAAUCCCAACAAAUGCCUCAGAAGGAUUUAUUGAUGGCUCCAUGCAGCUAAUGCCAAGUUCUAUGUUGCCAGCACCUAUACUGGUCAGAUCUGGGAAUGCAGUAGAAAGAAGUGACCUGAGUGGGAGUUUACAAGCAACUUCAGUUGUUGAAGAGGCCACAUGCUUCUCUCCUUCUGGAAAUGGUGCUUCUCAAAAGCUUCCUGCUAACUUAGAUCUUAAAUCUAGGAAGAGAUUUCGUUGCAGUCCUGAUGAAAGCAUUCACUUUCCUCCUGCCAAAAAGUCCUCAAUUACUCCCGUAGUUGAUCAUCAAGAAUGUGCUUCUGAGGUAUGUUCAAAGGAAUUAAAUGUUUUUGAGAAAACAGAAGAGGAGUCUUGCAUAGGACAAGGCAUUUUCCCUACCUCAGAGAACACACAUACAACCUCAAAACCUCAGAAGGAACACAAAGAAUCAACUUCGCAGAAUACAGGAUCAUCUGGAUCUCUUGAUGAAAUAAAAGAUGCAUGUAUAGAAAAGACCAUGACUCAGUUGCCUCAGGAUGAGAUGGUGUCUGAUAAAGAAGAGAAAACUGAUCCUGCUUCCAGUUCUGAAAAAAGAGAUAGCAUGACAUCAUCUUCAAAACCCCCUCUGACCAGACCCGGAAGAAGACCUUUGGGAUUUUUGUCUUUAAUAUGUCCAAAAAAUAGUUUGGAAUCUGAUGAAGUGACUCAAACCCAUAGCAAGAAGCGCCUAAAGCCUCAAAUACCCGUAUCACGACGGAAUUUGAAAAAAUCUAAUCCACUUAAUGCAAGCCAGAAAAAAAUUCCGGAACCUUCUGAUCCACUCCCAUCUCCAAGUGUUACUGAUACUCAGCCCGAUAAUACUGGAAACUCACCAGCUCAGGUUUCUUCUGAUCAACCAUUGCAAACAGAAAACUGUGAAGAUGGGCCAAAACGAGCACCUGAAGAGGAGGCGACCACAGUCUCAGAGCUUGUUUUCAGUGACAUCUUCAUUGAGGUGGACGAAGCAGAAUGAAGCACUCUUCGGGGUUUCCUUCCUUCCUUCCUUUUCUUUCUAGUUUUGAAAUAAGUUUGAAAUGUCAAGAGUCCCUGAUGUUAACAAAGCAGUGUUUAGAAAAGCACCACUGCCCAUUUUUAUUUAAGUCAAUUUUGAAUAUAUAUUGAGCUCAAUUUGAAGCUUUUAUAAUCAACGGCAAACAUUUCAUUCUGAUUUACUCUGCAUUUUGGAAAUCCGAGCAAUUACGACUGUUCUCUGUGCUGACAGACGUUACAGCAUGUUUACACUUGACCAGCCCCGUGCUGGACACACCUGGACUGGGGGACUAGUGGACACACAUUUGCAUAAAUCAUAGUGCUAACAUAUUCAAGCCUGAUUGUAUUUAAGGUUUAGUGACCUUCUUUUGUAAAGGUGGCUUUGUUUUGUUUUUAGGGUGUUUUGUUUUUUGUUUUUUUUUUUUUUUCUUUUUUGAGGGUGAUAAAGGUCUGUUCAGUUGCCUGUAAUACGAAAGCAAAUUGUGAAACUCCACUUUGGUAUGGUAAAGUUAAAACUUUUCUAUUAUCAACUAUUUGACUGGAAAAAAAAUGUGUAUUUUUCUAAUUCUUGGUGGUGUAACAUUAGUCCUAAUUGAAGAUCUAGUAUUUAAACUUGCUAUUUAUAGAGCUGGCACAUCAAAGAGAUUAUUUAUUUUUAAUUUUUUUUAUUUAAAAGUAUAUUCCAAUUUACUUGUUUCACGUAUCAGAUUUGGGUAAAGAAAGCAUUAACAAAUAAUUUGUCUACUUUUCCUCUUUUGCUUUUAAAGCUAUUUUAAAAUGUCAUAACUAAAAGUGUUAAGGUAGUGUCUGUAUUUUUAAUACUUUUCUCAUACUUUAGUAUAUUGAAUUUGUACUGUGAAUUUUGCUUUUCUUAUUUCUUCUAUUAUCUCAGGAUUUUCAUUGGAAGAAAAAAAUUAACAUAAGAGACAAAAUGUCCUGUGAAACACACACACACGUGAGUCCUUUAAAAAGACAAAAGUUUAGUGAAAGAUAUUUUUCCUCCUAAAUUCUGUUCACAGGAUGUGAUGGGGGCCUUUGGCCAUAAAACAUGAUUCUGAUGUUAAAGCAAAAAGUAAGACAGGAAGACUUAGCAAGGCCAGUGAUGUCAUUUAUGAACUUAGGUAUUCUUGAUUUUGAGGCUUAUGAUUUAUGUAAGAGUCUUAUUUCUCUUAACAGUUUUUUGCUGGUUUAAAUUAAACUCUUCAGAGAACAAAUUUAUUCAAUUUUAUUACCAAACCUCAUAGACUGAUACAUUAGCUCAGUAGUUAGAAGUUUUUCCACAAAAUAUGUUUUGACCUGUAAACCGAGUAGUCCUCGUUACAGCUGCUCAGCGGAUGCUGCAUGGAGGAGGGAGGCUGGCUGGCUUUACCGGGACCCCGAGUGGCCAUUGUUUUCUUUUCCCUGUUCCAGCCUGACCUGACGUCAGUGUGGGUGAGGGUGUUCUUCAGCCUGUGGCCCUGCAGCCUGGGAUUGCAGGAGUUGCCGCCAUGCCUGUUUCUGGGCUGUACUGGGGUAGAAGCCACAGUUUCCCACAUGCUAGGCAAGCACCCGACCAAGUGAGCUUUCCUAGCCCUGGGCUUUGGGGGGUGAUGUAGGGGCCUUUGAGACAGGGUUUCUCUGUGUACCCUGCUGUCCUGGACCCACUUUGUAGACGAGGCUGGACUCAACCUCACAGAGACCUGCCUGCCUCUGCCUCCCCAGUGCUGGGAUCACAGGCUUGCACCACCACCCCAUCUUACAGUGGUUCUUAUCUGAAGGUGCUGAUGUCUGCAUGUGGGAGUUAUUUGUAAAAUGUGCCUAAGAUUUAAAAGCUGUAUUGAGUGUAUUAUGAAAUGAUCAGUACUUCAAUUGGAAAAAUAUUUUUACAUCUAGGAAAUUUUUGUCUUUUUAUAUUGAUAAAAUGGUGACCACUUUUUAUGUUUCUAAGCAAAAGAGGAUAGAACUCAGUAGGUCUAGAGUGAGGCUAAUUCAUUGAAUUUACUGUGCCCUUGCUUUUCAUUCUGUGGCUUAGAGUAAAAUUUAUGGCUUAAUGUCUUUGUUAUAAAUGAAGGUCUGUAAAUUAGGUGGAAAUUCUCAAAAGUAUGAAUUUAUUUUGAGUGAUUAAUGUCAUGAAAUCAUGGGGGCAAUUUACAUUGCUAUUUCAAUGCCAUUUUGUAAACUUUUUAAAUUUCAUGUUAUGUAAAGGUUUUUUUCUUAUUGUCACUUGGGUUAGAUCACCGAGACUAAACUAUUAUUUAUCCCUGUAUAUUUAUUUUUUUAACCUGUCUCUUGUUCGUCUGUAAUAGAUUUUAUGGAAAAGAUGUAAUUUAUUGUAUAAAGACUACCAAGGCAUUUGUUGUAUAAAGAAUCAAGUCAGUCAACACAUUGUCCUGCUGUCACAGUCUCAGAACUGGUGUUGGAAAGAGAAACACAAUCAGUGUGCUUAGCUUUAAGAUGGGAAGAAUUGUGAUGGUGAAAGAUGUUGCAAGCAGUGUUUGUAAGUCUUCAAGGAGGUACACUUAAAGGUCUUCGCAUCCUGGCAGGGCCCAGUCGUGGUUGAAGUCUAAUUGUUAAUGGAUGAUUAAGGCAAGGCAAAGAUAAAAAUAUUAAUAUCCACUGUUUACCACCAUAUUAUUCGAAAUGCAAGUGACCAUGUAAUACCACCUUGCUUGAAGUUUUUGACAAAAGAAGCAAUAUCUUGUCAUUUGUAAAUUUUCUUGUUCUAAAGAAAGCAGUUAUGUUCUGUAGAUAAUAAUUAUGUAAAUAAAAGUUAUUUUAUACCA